AUGUCUUUCGAACCCGUCAUGCCUCCGUUUAACUCGAGCGAUCCAUCUGCCAACUUCCUCAGCUCCUCCUGUCUCGACUUUCUCCUUAUUGAGCUUGUUCCUAUGGCCUACCGCGUAACUCAUGAGCGAGAUUCCAUCGCAUCAGAAUCAAAUGGCGCACCCGCAGAUACCGCCUCAACUAGCCAUGCAGUAAGCUCCAGCGCAGCCGGAAUAAUGGCUGGKACAGCAACAAGGAAAGAUGAGGAAGAGGAUAUGGACGCAGUGCACUAUCGUCUUGAGAUGUUGGGGUACAGGGUAGGGCAGGGUCUUGUAGAGAGAUUCUCAAGAGACCGGCCACGAUUCAAUGACACACUCGACGUUAUCAAAUUCCUCUGCAAAGAUCUUUGGACGCUGGUGUUUGGCAAGAAUAUUGACAAUCUCAAGACAAAUCAUAGAGGAGUAUACGUAUUGACUGACAACCUAUUCCGACCCUUCUCGCGCAUGAGCACAGAAGCUGGCGGCCAAGCAAUCGUUCGCGCACAACCGUUCUUAUGGUUCCCAUGCGGUGUCGUACGGGGUGCAUUGGCUGCCCUUGGAAUAAACACCAGUGUCCAAGCUGAAAUCAACGAGUUGCCGGGUGCCGUGUUUCAGAUUAAAACCAUACCAAACAAGCCCUGA